AUAGUGCUUGUUAAACGUCGGUUACAUACAGACAUCAUAUUUGCUUUUAUAUAUAGAUAUUUUGUUCAAUGUUUUAUGUGUCGUAAAAGUUUUAAUAGUGAUGGCUGAUAGAGGAUUACUGACAUGCACUGUGUUACUUUGUUUUUUAUUUGUAAUAGCAAAUAGCACAACUGUUCACAUAACUGAAGAAUGGGUGCCUGAUGUAGGAUGGAAACUGACAUGCGCGUGGGAUUUCAGCAAAGGGGAUUCUCUGCAGUCGGUCAACCUAUUCAUGGAUAAUCAACAGUUCAUGAUAUAUAGACCUGUGACUCAUGGUGCGACUGCUUCACGAAUAUGGUCAUUGACAGAAAGCCUCAUCAGAAUCGACUGCGAGGAAGCCAGCAAAACAUGUGUACUUAAAUUAGUACCGACGGAGUUCACACAGAAGAAUUUCGAGUUCAAAUGCGAGGUCUCGGGAGAAGGCCCUAAGUUUAUGGUGGGCCACGACAAUUACACCCUGGUCACAACAAUACCAUCGAGUGAACCAGAAAUAAUAGCUACAAGAAACAAACAAACGAAUCAGGUGUCACUCAACUGCACUUCCUCUGGUCUACCAGCGCCAAAAUUUACGUGGAUCGCUGGUCCUGAUGAACGUGUGGUCCCUGAAAACUUCAGCUCGAGCGCUUGGAACACAUCAUCAAAAUUGUGGCAAUCCUGGUCUACGUUCGUCUUGCAAUCAGACGAAUCUCUACCAAUAAAAUGUCUGUCAGUCGUGCCAACAAACAACAAAACGCCCGCAAAACAAAUACAGUAUAAUGCUGCUAUUUCAUAUGCGACUGUAGGACUUUCGGGUGCAAUAAAACUUAUAUUGGCGGUUCUUCUAUCAACGAUACUAACAAGGUGAUCAAUUAGUUGGACAAUGGACACUUCUACUUAAUUAAAUGAAACAAAAUUUAAAGUUCGUAUGUUUUUAUUUCGAUAGAAACCAUAGUGAACGACUGUUUAUUUAAGCGACAGUUACACUACACUGAAUUAUGUCGAUAUUAAUUUUAUUUUUUAUAAUAGAAACAGUAUGUACCUGGAUCGAUUAUAUCGAUUUUGUUAUAAUUAUAUUAUUUAUAAGUGUUUUGGAAAACUAUUAAACUUUUUCAUUAUAAAUAUCAGUAAAUAAUUUAGCAAAUAUUUUGACAUCAUAUAAGUUGCAAAUUAGCAAUUUUAUAUACCAAAUUUCAUUGUCUAUUAUUUCAUUCAAUUCCAAUUAAGUAUGUAGUGUAUCAUACAAAUAUUUACGUUCAACCGCGUUCACGUCUACGUAGAUAUGUUUGUAUGGAAAUCUGAGUUUCCAAAACCAACCGCUAGAGGGGCAACUGACUUUUCAAUACAAACUAUCAAACACUAGAAACUUAUUAUUAAUUGCAGAGUAUGGCAGUUAAAGGCAUUUAAUUUUAAUAGAACGAAAAUACACAUAGUUCAUAAUUUAAUAAAAUACCAAUUUUUUUAUAUUCAGAACUAUUUUAGUACAAUUCAAAAUUCAUGUAAUGUGUAACUGUAGCUUACAUUUGGUAAAUAUAAGUAUUAACUAUUACUUUGUUUUAUUUGAU